AUGAUUGUCGCUCCCUUGAAUCCGAAUGUGGUUGUUGUAAGUAUGAUACCGAGUGGAUGUAUGAAAUCCGAAUUCGAUUCAAAUUAUCCGAUUCAUUUGAAUGGUAUUAUUAGUCAAGAAGAAUUUCGACAAUCGAUAAGCAAUAUCAAUGGUGCCAUUGGCUCAAAUAAAUGUCUUGCUAUCUUGAUCAUCAUUUUCGUUGUAUCGCUGUUAGGCGGAAUAGCAUUAAUGAUUGCCGGUCCAUUAUCUGCGACUAAAACUAGCAAUGUUGUACUUAGGUUGGGAGUAUUUCUUGGAAUAGGCAUGGGAUUAUUAAUUUUUGGAAUGAUUUGUACGUUCGUUGGAUGCUGCGUCAUGCAAUCGCAACGAAUGAAGCGAGUGCGACAAGCUAUUGUCGAUGAAUCAGCAAAAUAUUCAGCGAGAUCUUCAAGACCAUCUAGUUGGCGAUUACAUACCGAUACUAUAUAUACUGGAGGAUAUAGCCAUGAUAAUAAUCAGCGUAUGGCAUCAAAACGAUCCUCUGGAUCGAUUCUUGAUUUUUUUUCAAAAAAAUCAAAAGCUCAAGCACCAGUUCUUUCAACAGAAGAAAUUCCUUUGGUAGAUUUCACUAUUCUUCCAACAAGUUCACGGGGUGAAAAUACUGAAAUAUCUUCUGCAACUAAAAUUUAUCCUCUUAUCGAAACAUCAAAUUUAACUAAUCUCAAUAAUGUCUCAGAAAAUGAUCUUGAACAUGAAAGUCAGGAUGAAGUUUUUGAUACUUCUAAUAUAUCAUCAAAUACGGAUAAUCCGAUACCUUUGUUACAACCGGCGAAUUUAGUGACAUCAUGUUCAUCGGAUCAAAAAGAACUUAUUUCAAAAUGUGAUUUGUCAUGUUGUAAUUCUUCAAACCCGUAUCAUCCUGUCAGAGAGGAUGAAUUAGCUUUGACAGUGGUCGACAAACGAUCAUGUCAAAAAAAAUGGUUUUCAGAUUAUCCUUGGUUAACAUUCUGUAAAGUCCAUGAAAAAAGUAAUUUACAUCGUGAUUCAAUUUAUGUUGUAAAUCAACAAGGAAAACGUAGUGUAAGAGAACAAUUAACAUUAGCAACACAACAACAACAAGAGCAAAGACGACAGGCACUUAUCAUUCAAAUUUCAUGCAUCAUGUUCUUGCUUCGUCAAGGUCUUGCUCUUAGAGGGCAUUCAGAUGAAAAUAGUAAUUUGAUUCAAUUACUCAAACUUCGAACUAUUGAUAAUCACUUUUUAAAGCAAUGGAUUGAUGAAAAGAACUAUUUAUCACAUGAUAUUAUUAAUGAACUUUGUAAAGAAAUUUAUCUUACAAUUAUAAGAGAUAUUGUGAAAGAAAUCUCUAACAGAGAAUGGUUUUCAUUGAUAUGUGAUGAAACAACAGAUCAAUCAACACGUUCACAAUUAUGUAUCACCAUCAGAUCUGUUGAUAAUAACUACAAUGUCUUUGAAGAUGUUAUCGGCCUUUAUGAAAUAUCCAGGCAAAAUGCUCCAACAAUUGUUGAAGCAAUUCUUGAUACAUUAACUAGGUGCGGAUUGGAUAUUGCUAAUUGUCGUGGUCAGAGUUACGAUGGAGCUAGUAACAUGUCAGGAAUUUAUGGUGGUGUAUCAGCAUUAAUUUUAAAACAACAAGGAAAAGCUAUGUAUGUGCAUUGUAAUGCGCAUUGCCUUGAUUUAGCUAUUCAGGAUUUAACUAGUCGAUGUACUACGAUUUGUAGUUGUUUAUCUUUUGCUAAGGAUAUAAUUGAUUUCAUCCGCCGAUCUCCUAAACGUCUUUCUAUAAUAAAAGAAACAUCCAACCAAAUAACAAUGCCAUAUACAACUCUAACACCGCUAUGUCCUACACGAUGGACUAUGCGUGCAGGAUCAUGUAGUUCUUUGUUGGAAAAUUAUGGAUUGGUUCAAGAAACUUUAUAUACCAUAAGUGAUGAGAAAGAUAGUUGUGGAAUAAAAGCAAAUGCCUAUCUAAUACUUAUCGAUACAGAAAAAGUGUCACGUAUUAUUCAAGGUUCAAGUUGUUGUUUGCAAGAUGUUCUUUGUGCAGCUGAAACUGUUAUUAAUUAUUUCAUACGUAUUGGAGAUGAUAAUCAUUUUAAUUUGUUUUAUAAUGGAGUAAUCAAUGAUAGUGAAGGUUUGACAGAGAAACCUGUUCUACCUCGACAACGACGACCACCAAAACGUUAUGAUUCAAGUUCAAGAGUUCCCGAUUUUACUACUUGUGAAGAGUUUUAUCAUCGACAAUAUAUUGAAGCACUAGACAUUGUUGUUAAUAUGUUGCGUGUUCGUUUUACUCAAAGCAAUUUUAAAUUGUUAUGUGAUGUUGAGAAAUUUAUUCUUAAUGUAUCUAAUAAUCCAGUCUAUGAUCCAGAUGAUCUCAUACAAGAGAUAAUGGAAUUUUGCGACGGUGAUAUAGAUAUUCAAAGAUUGAAAGCUGAAGUACACAUGAUUUACGAUUUUUUUAAAUCUACAAUUAACACAAAUCAAAUGAAAAUAAAACAAAUCACAAAGAUUUCGACUAUUUGUGAAAUUUUAAACUCAUGCAAUGUUGGUAAACAAAUGUUCAGAGAAUUUGAUAAAUUGAUUAAACUGCAUUUAACUCUUCCUGUUUCGACAGGGAGUGCUGAGCGUGCAUUUAGUACAUUAAAUAGAUUAAAAACUGUACUUCGAAAUUCUAUGACACAGUCGCGACUUAAUCAUUGUUUAUUAGCAAAUAUUUAUAAAGAAAAGCUUGAUGAAAUUGAUCCAUAUCAAAUAAUGUCAAAAUUUAUCGCGUCGAAUACCAAUAGACAAGCCUUGUUUGGUUCAAUAGUUUAA